AUGGCUGAUGUCACGCGCAAGAAUAUGCCAUACGUUUGUAUCGGCAAGUCAGGGCUGAAGGUCUCCAAGAUCAUCCUUGGGUGCAUGUCCUAUGGUUCGCCGGAGUGGCAAGGAUGGGUACUUGAUGAGCAGACGUCUCUGGAGCACAUCAAGCAUGCGUACGAUCUUGGCAUCAACGCCUUCGACACUGCCAACAUGUACAGCAACGGGCGCAGCGAAGAGAUAUUGGGCAAGGCUAUCAAGCAAUUCAAUUUCAAUCGCGAUGAGAUUGUCGUUAUGACUAAGGUGUUUGGAGUGGUCGCCCGUGGCCACGAACAAGCUACGCGCGGUGCUGGCCAGGCUUCUUCGGAGCUGGACCAGGCGGGAUACGUCAAUCAACAUGGACUCUCACGCAAGCACAUCUUCGAAAGCGUCGAGCACUCCCUCAAACGCCUUCAGCUCGACUACAUCGACCUGUUUCAAUGUCACCGCUUCGACUACGAGACUCCGAUCGAAGAGACUAUGCAGGCGCUUCACGACAUCGUGAAGAGCGGCAAAGUACGAUACAUCGGCAUGAGCAGCUGUUACGCGUGGCAAUUCAAUAUCAUGCAGAACUACGCCAUCGCGAACAAUCUGACUCCGUUCAUCAGCAUGCAGAACCAUUACAAUCUCGCCUACCGAGAGGAGGAACGAGAGAUGCUGCCAACGCUCAAACACUUCCAGGUCGGGUGUAUCCCCUGGUCGCCGCUCGCCCGAGGGGUCCUCACGCAUCCACUCUCACAAAACACCAAACGUAAAGAAACGGACCCCUUCCAGAAUGGCUACGGAGCACCUGCGACAGAAGCCGUGGUUAAUCGAUGCGAGGAGAUCGCAAAGAAGCUGGGCUUGAGUAUGGCACAGGUUGCAUUGGCUUGGGUCAUGGCGAAGGCCGACGCUCCCAUUGUGGGGACGACGAGCUUGAAGAACCUGGACGAGCUCGUCGGUGCCGUGAACAUCAAGCUGAGCGAGGAGGACAUCAAGGCUCUGGAGGAACCGUAUCUUCCUCGCGGAUUGUUUGGCCAUAGCUGA